CGGAAGCUUGUCCACCUUGGACCUUCGCACGGCAGCAUGCCCUGUCUAUGUCAUAGAAAGGGGCCUAUCAAGCAUGGAUCAUGCUGCAAGCUCUCAAACAAUUCUAUCGACUCCUUGCGCUUAGAUGCCGAUCGAAAAAUUCCCAUAACCAUGCUCCACUCUCCACUCUGAUGGCUGAGAGUUCUUGUCUUUGUGAAUACUGCCUGACCCCGACGUCUCGCUUAUCGCCUGCUAUUCUUUGUAUCUUCACCUUCACACAACGCAGAACAAUGCUUUCGUGAGGCAUUGUCUUCAACCCUUUGUUCUUCAACCUCAAUGCUUGCAUUGUCACUCUUUUGACUUCGUCACUCCUUUUGUUUGUACAGGAUCGUUCUUUGUCAGUCUCUUGCCUACCUCUACGAUCAUUACUUCCCGUUCGAACUUCGACAGCUUGAACAAACCAUCUUUUGGAUAACACACGAACAUACUCUGAGAGUAUACCCAACCUUCCACACAGAAACCCAAAUCGCAGCGCGAAGAAAGCCAAACUAUCUCACAAAACUUUUCCUCGCAUUCUGCGCGAGUCAAACAUAAAUUCGCUGGACGAAAUUCUUAUCCUUUCCAGACUUAUUCCAAUCAUCGAAAACCAUGGCUCUAUCAAAACCCUCUCUGCGCAGCAUCCUUCUUGGAGUGCUUGCUGCAGUCCCCAUCGCCUCCGCGCAUUCUUGGAUUGAACAGAUGCUGGUCAUUGCGCCGAAUGGUACUCUUGCAGGUGUACCCGGUUUCGCUCGUGGGAACGUUAUGCGCCAGCCGAAUAUGUCUCCAGACGACGCGAUGGUCAACCUCAUUCCACCCAACGGCCGUGCGAAUUCAGUCCUUCCGACAGAUUUGAUGUGCAGAUCCAGCCAGACAUCUCAGAAUCAAACCGAUGGCAGUCCAAGACUCCAGGCCGUUCCAGGAUCCGCAGUCGCCUUGCGGUAUCAGGAAAAUGGCCAUGUCACCUUGCCACAGAACCAACCAGGCAAACCUAACAAUCGAGGCACAGUCUAUGUCUAUGGUACUACCGAUCCUAGCCCUGAUGAUGCUUUCCUAGCUAUUCAUCGUGUCUGGACUCCUGAUGGCAAAGGCGGUGAUGGCCGUGGUGUCCUCCUGGCUACUCAGAACUUCGAUGAUGGACAGUGUUACCAGAUCAACGGGUCUCCCCUUUCUCAACAACGCCAGGUCACGUACGCUCACACAGCGGACCAAUUGAUGGGUGGAGAUUUGUGGUGUCAAACUGAUAUCCAAAUCCCCUCAGACGCUCCGACCGGCAAACCAUAUACCCUCUACUGGGUAUGGGACUGGCCAACUCUACCGGGAGGUGAUCCUAACCUGCCUAAUGGCAAACAAGAAAUCUACACCACCUGCAUGGACGUUGACAUUGUUGACAAUGUCGGCAUCGAGCCUUAUUCCAAAGGCCAGGCCAACUAUGUCUCUGGUCAAGGUUAUGACAUGGCUGCAGCCUCUUCUCAGUUUAUGGAGGUCACCAAUCCAACAGCCGUCACAGGUUCUACAAUUCCGUUCGGUGCAUCCGCAACAGGUCCUGUGCCUGGAGGUGCCAGCGAAGCUAGUGUCUCCGCGGCUACCGCUGUCACCACAGGUAUACCCGACUUCUUGACCGUACACACCGGCUCGACUGCUGGUCCCGGACUGGAAACACAGACUUUCAGUGCCGUUCCAAUGGCUGCAACCGAUACCCCAGGUGCACCAGUGCCAACUGGCAACUCCGGCUCGGGCCAGGGCUUCGGUGGUGGUCGCGGGGGAGGUGGAAACGGGUUCGGGGGCAAAGGUAAUGGCAACGGUAACGGCCAAUUUCAGGUUGCUACUGAGACCGAGUGGGAGUCGGUCACUCAGACGGUUCUUCAGACUGUCUACAUGACAAAAUACACCAAGCGUGAUCAAGUCCCAGAACCCACCGCCACCACCGCCGUGGUACCUGCUUCGACCGCCCACGCCGCAUUCAAACUCCGAGCGAGAAACCCAUUUGUGUGGAUCUGGGGGAGCAACCCGGCCACAGCCACCCAAGUCGAAGCCACUCCAACUUCAUCUUCUUCCUAGGUUGAGGUUGACUGACGGGGCCAAGCUCUUUGUUUGUUGCUCGAAUUCUCGGAUCGGACACUUUCUUUCUCUCAUAUUUCCCAGUGUAUGAAAGUGUGUUCUGGGGGGGUUUGGGCUUCGAGGACUUUGGAUACAAAAAAAAUCGGGUGAUGAGGAGAUGCCUUCCUUUUUUGGUUAACAAAAAAAGAGGUAGACAUGUCUAUGUGUGUGUGUAUGGGUGGGUGUGUCUGUGUGAGUCCGUGGAUCGCCUGCCGGACAGGGGUGAACUUGCCGAGUGAAUAUGAAUCGAGUUGACAUGAUGGUUUUUUCUUUUUUUUUCAGCCUCUUGCAUUUUGCAUCUAGCACUCAAAUUUACACUUUCCAUUGACACGUUUUUUGUUUAGCAUUUUUUCAUCGAGCGAAGGGGGUUCCUUUUUUUUCAUCAUCACACUCCUUGGAACCUUGACCUGAAUUAUCUUAGCUCGGUGCUUGCACGUAUGUACAUACAACCGUCCAGUUAAAUUGUCCAGUAAAAGGGACUAC